CUGGGUAAAGCGACGUCCGCUAGUCAGUUGUUCCACGGCAUAGCUGAUGCGAGGGUUCUAAAGGGGCAAACAGUGCGACAACCUAAACUGCGGAACUUUGCCAAUGUGCAUGUCGCCGUUAACGUACUGAGACCCGUCGAAACCACUACACUUCCAGGGACAAUUUCACGAAUCUAAUGCACAUCGCAGUAGAAGACUCAAAGUGAAAUUAGUAUAUAAACAUUUAUAAAGGAAACUCUUUAUAGCUGAGGUGGUGAGGCGAGGGUACCGGGGGAUGUGGAGCGCCGUGACGCCAACCCCGGACGGACCUGCCCCCUCGUCCCGCUCAAAGCAUAGUGCCACCCUAUUAGGGGGUCACGUCUAUCUGCUAGGGGGUCGCAACGGGAACCUUCCCCUCAAAGAUCUCUGGCGGUACAGCCUAGCGGAGAGCCGGUGGGAGGAACUGCAACCCUCAGGAGAGCGGCCUCCUUGUCUCCAGGAACACUCGGCCGUUGCCUACAAAGAGAAUAUCUACGUGUUUGGAGGCGAAGUGGGCUUCUCUGCGGGCACGGAGACCCCACUUUGGGUGUACCAGAUCAAGGGGAAUUGCUGGCGGAAGGUGCGUGCUCAGAAGGGCGUCGCAGUCCCCAGAGGGCGUCGUGGUCACACUUCUCUCGUGCAUAAGGGAGCCAUGCUGGUGUACGGUGGUUAUCAGGACCUCCGCGGCUCUUCCAAUGAACUGUGGGGCUUCCACUUCGAUACCGAGUCGUGGCACAUGCUGUCAGCAUCCAGUAGUGGCAUCACGUGCGGCAGAUCUUCCAACAGUGGCAGUGGCCAUGGCGACCUGCCUCCAGCCCGCCACAAACACUCAGCCAUAUUGCACGACGACGCCAUGUGGGUGUAUGGAGGGAUGACAGACCUGCAGGAGAGAGCCGACUUCUGGCGGUGGGACACUGUUGCAAAGAUGUGGACCAGCAUCCGGGCUAAACCGGGCCCAGGGGCUUUGCACAGCCAUGCAGCCUGCAAGCUACCCAGCUCCAUGCUCCUGUUUGGUGGUGAGAGGGAUGGACAUCCCACAAAUGAACUCUGGAGAUUCCACUUUGGUACAGAGACAUGGGAACGACUCCAGAUUCAGGGUCCGAGACCACAGCCUCGGGCAGAGAGUGUGGCACUGGCAGUUUCAGAGUUGCUCCUGCAAGAUUCCUUCUGCUGUCAGAGCCACUUUGGUGAUACAGCAUUGGUGACAUCCAGUGGGAUCUCAUCAGCAUCUUCCCAUGGUCUCCGCAGCCACCGCUCCCGAGGAGGGGGCUCAGUGGAUCGGUGCACAAGCCUCAACCCACGACACACAACCUACCACCCAAACAAUCGGGUCUCGCCAUGUGAAAGGAAGUAUGUGUUCCAACCUACACCUGGCAACUAUGUGGAUGGGAGUUCCACAAAUGGUAGCAAUGUGAACCAAGAAUUUGGCUGUGGAACAAGGCGAUGUUACGGUGGUCAACAGAGUAGUGCAGUGGCAUCCACACUCUCAGGACAAACUCAGGCUGCUAGUAGCUUUCUCCGUGAAAUAUCGAAACUCUCUCAGAUCAACUUGUCCAGGCUUAGUCACCAUAAGUGUAGUUACAGUGUUUUGAGUAGCAGCAGUCAUGAUGACAGUACAGAGAGUCUGUUACACCAGCAGUGCACUGGGAGUGAGGAGGGUACGAAUCAAGUGACACCCAGUAAAAACACAAUGGUCAAAUCUCAAAGUGCCAAUAUCAUAUCCAGGAGAAGGCAGCAAGAAAUUUCUAUUGCAACUUCUCCUAGUACCACAGAUGAAUUCCAAAGGCCAGACAGUGUAGAGGUUGCAUCUGUUAUGAAGCACCAUACUGGAUGCCCUAAAGGUCUUCCAAAUGUGAGAAAGAAAGUGUCUGUUGCACCAGUAGGUGACAGUAAGUGUGGAGUUUUACCAAGAGAUCCUAUUUCAGUGCCCAAUUUUGGAGCCAUCUCAUCAUUUCCUACUCCUGUUCUUACCCCAGUAGAAGUAACACAGCUUGUCUUUGUGGAUACUGAUGAUGACAAUGAGACUGAAGAUGUCUUCGCUUCUCAGGAUUCUCCUCAUGGUAGCAAAUGUCAUAUAAUGCAAGUGCAACCCUUGUCAUCAUCUUCUGGAAAUUCGAGAGAUUUCUCAGUAAUCCACCAGCAGUUCCAGCCACGUUUUGGAGACAGUGUGAAGAGACCGUGUGAGAGCUACACUUCACACAUUGUAGCUACAGAAGAUGAAGCAGCAUCGGUUCCUGUUUAUCAGAAUGUUGGGAAGACAAGUGGGAUACCUAAGUCUUCAUCAGUCAGGUUCCGCGGAGGGCAGCUUGUUACUGAAUUGGAGGAAACACUGGAUGAAACCGUCUCAACUUCAGACUACGCCAGCAUUGAAGCAGUAAAUCGCAUUGCAUCUGCCAGUACUUACAGCAUGUGCAAUAAAUCAAGUCCUGUUGAAAAUCAGUUCCUGUCAUACCAACAAAAUGAGGAGUAUGGAAUGGGAAAAUAUAGGGAGAAAAAUAAUGGAAAAGCAAAGACGCCUAACAGAGAGGGUCAGUUUGGUUUUUGCAAUCCUAACUAUCUCGGGCCUGAUAUACAGACCAUUCUAGCAUCAGCAGGCCAAAGGAAGUCUUGGCAUGUUACUACACCCACAUCAAGUGAAAAUGACAGCAGUGUUCCACAAAACAAACAGAACUUCCAGACUUACGCUCGACUCCUCAACAGUCCACCAGACAGUGUACUGGAGGAUGCGAGUGGACGCAGCAUAAGCAGACAGUUCUACCAGGAAGAACUCAUGGAACUACAAAGCUUAGAUUCUUCUUUUUCACAACCUCCAUCCCUAGCCACAACACCUGGGGGUCCGACUCCAAACAGAAGUAGCUUCAUGGAACGAGCACCGCCACAGUUCCUUGCUCUAGGCUCUCCAUGUAGUACAAAUCCAAUGGGUGUUGAGAAGAGGAAGAAGUCUAGAGCCAGUAGUGCAAGUCGGGCAGAAAAGCAUAUGUUUGGCCAUAGCCAGGAACAUGAGGAUGAGAAGCAUGUAAGUUACUUUGGCACACAGCCUUCUGUCCCUUUGUAUAUGUUUGUGUUAGGAGGUAAGGAACAGGGUCAGGUGACUGUGUUCAAGAGGCCAGUGUCAGUGUGGAAACUUCAGCUUGCGUCCAACAUUUUCUGAAAGAAACAUCUAUCACUUUGUGCCUGCUUGGCUUGAUAUGCUCUAUCCUUGCAGAUGUGCAAAAAUAUGGGCACCAGAAAAAUGCACUCUGUGUAAAAGACUAAAUUCUUGUUAUGAAAAUCUGCAAUAACCACACCCAUGCAUCAGACUAUAAGUCCGCUUCUGUGCUACCUAUUACCUUAAACAUUUUCUCACUUGCUUUUCCUUCUUCGUGUGUUACAUAUUCAUUAUAUACUGACUUCUCUCACCAGUCAAUUUGCCCAUAAUUAGAAGGUUCACUGAUUUCUAAUUAUUUUCAUAAUUAUCAUAUUUUCAUCGUUUGCUAAUUAAAGCAGUUUUUGGUUCUUUAUUAGUCCAAAGGUUUGCAUAAAAUUUUUUCCAUUCCUCAUUUGUGAUAGAAUUUAAACAUACUUUAUCUUUUUCUGUUUUAUUGAUAGAUUUUGUUAUUUUAUAUUAUUUGUCCUGUCUAGCAGGGACAUCGUCCUCUAUUUCUGACGUAUAUUUUCUCAUUUGUGUUUAUUUGCCUUCCUAACUGUUGUUUUCACGACAACAUUUUUGUUUCGCAUUUUAUUUCAUUAUCAGCUGUUUUAGAAUUAAUAUAAUUCAGAUAACUUCUCAUUUUCAUUAAUAAUUAUUUUAAUAUUUUCAUUCUAGAUUCUUAAACUUCUGUUUCGUUACCUUUUUUAUAUUUACUCAAGUGUUUCUUGAUCUGAUUUUUAAUAAAUUUUUUAAUCACACCCUCUCUGGAGACUUUCCAGUAACUACAGCACUAUUUGAAUUCUGCAGUAGUUUCUCAUUUCUCUGGAUGCUCACCAAAGUUUUGCACCUCUGCUUCUACAUCUAGAUGGGGAACCUUGGCAAGUUUUAAAAGUUAUGAUGAUUUUGUAUAGCAUCUCAUAAUUAGAUGCCGUUUAUCGAAGAAAUCAGUCACUGAACAGAGAUGUCAUGAUAUUUAGCUCAAUGAUAGUAUGUUUCUUACUACUGUACCUGGUUCUUUAUGUUUCUGCUCUGACUCUCAUGAACAGAAACAUAAAUUAGCAUUUAGUGCUAUAGAUAACCUGACUGAUUUUUAAUAUUUCAUUCUUACUCGACCUGUAAAUGGUGUAAUCUCACCAAAUAUUCGUGCUUGUUGCACUGUUGAUCAGUAAUUUGGUGUGAUGACAUCAGUUUUACCUCAAAAGAGCCUUAGAAUAUAUGACUCAGAGUGAAGAUUGUAUGAAGAUGGUUUUCCAUUCAACAUGCUUUUGGCAAAGAGCCUGUACAUGUUACAGUUUUCAAAGAUCUAGGCUUAAAAUUUUUAUCAAGCUUUUUGAUACACCAACAUGAUUGGAACAGCACACUGCCACACUGCCGAAACAUAAAAUUGUCAGUCUCAGGAUUGAAUUUUGCUGUAACAUGAAGAGACUUACAUCCUCUGAAGGAGGACUUGGUACCGUGAUAAUGGUUGCUACAUUCAGUUCAGCAUAGAAGCCCUACAGACUUACUUUUAGAUCAUAAGAAUUAACACUAUUUUUAAAUAAAAUAGACGAUAAGUUUGAAGUGCAAUAGCUGUCCCUUUUUAUUAUUGACUGACUUGUACUUUCCAAGAAAGUGCACCAUGGAUAAGUCAGGUAGUGUGUUCACUGCAUUUUAAUAACUGAUCUAGGUAUAGAGGACUAGCCAUAGAAUGUGUGCAGGAUAAAAUAAAUUACCUGGGCUUCCCUGUAUUAUAGGGGCCUCACGUAAUGUUUAGUUCAUAUAGAAGAUUUUCAUUUAAGUAUGACAUUACUAUCCAGAAUCCUAUUUUCUGGAAUAUAAAGACAUAUACACAUAUUCCAGUGAAAGUCAACCAACAUUUCAGAGGAAAAUAUCGCCUUCAUCUUCAGAGUCAAAGAGUAAGCCAAGCAAAAAAUGAGAAUGAAGAAGUAGCUGCUGCCUCAUUCCUGCUAGUUUUUUGUUGAGCAUAGUCUUCAACCCUGAAGCUAAAGACGAUAUAUUCCUUUGAAAUGUUGGUUGGUUUUCACCAGACUAAAUGACAUUAUAUCUCAGCCACCGCUGUAAAACCUCAGAUCAAAAAUAUCACACUGUUACAUUUCAGGAAUGUUUCUGUUAAGUUUUAUAGGUCUUUGUUUUCAUUGGAAAGUAUACAGUGACUCUGGAAACCAGUUAUGCAAAUUUGUACUGUAUGAAAUGGAAUUUAGGCUUAUUACUAGCUCAGUUUUGAACAAAUUCCACAAUACAGUUGCGUUCAAGGCUUUUAUUGCAUAUAUACAUGUCAGAGAAUAGGAUUUUUUAUCAGGUCAGACGAAGAGCCGGAUACUAGAAUGCAUAUAAAGCUUCACUGGAAGUGAGAAUAUUCCAGGUACUCAGUGGGUUGUUCUACCAAUUGCAUAGAGCAUUCAGAAUCAAGGACUAAAAUAUCCAUUUACACAAUCAGUUUUAAAGAUUGAAGUCAUUAUACAAGUAUCAGUUUGUGUAAGUGACAGACAUUCUUCCUUUAUUCCACAAUAUAAUUUUGGUGGAAAUAAUGUUGACAUAAAAUGUUAUCCGUCUUGAUAUAUGUUGUUUGUGUUUAAUAUGUUUUAUGUUUACUUAAACUCAAAGGCAUAUUUUAUUGGACUAAGUAUAGGAAGCCAAAGUUCAUUUUGUGAUAAUCUAGCAAUUAAAAUAAAGUAUUUGCAUGUUCUGAAUACAGAUGAGUGUUGAUAAAUUGUUUUAACGUUUCUUCAAGCAGUGGCUGAAUGUUUAAAUAAUUAUUAUGUAUAAAGUUAUGUUUAGUUUCUAGUAAACAGUCUUUAUUAGCUGUGGAUUACGCUUUCCUUUCACCUAGUCAUGGUGAUGGUAAUACUCAAAGCAAAUUAACUAAAUUCUGUAUAUGUAGAUGCAACUGUUGCUGGAAAGGAGUUAUGAUAAAUGUAAAACUUUAUUCAAGAUGAGUUGUGAUUUAAUAGUGUUACAGGCAGAUGUCAGGCUGCAGGAUGUCAUUUUAUUGUGUGAUAACUGAAUAUUCAUGGUAAGAGGUGGGAGGGGAAAGGAAGUAACUCACUUUUAGUCAGAAACCUUCAUAGCUCCUGCUAUGAGGGAGUCCUCAUUUGAUAGCUCCAUGGAGCAGACUCCUCAGGAAGCUAAUAAUUGCUCAUUUUAUCAAGAAAUUCCCCACCUUUAUGAAACCUGAGAGUUCAUUACUAUGAGCCCACCACUGGACCCUAUCCUUAGCUGGGUGAAUUCAGUCUACACUGGCAGGGGAGGACAAGACAGACAUCUGUAAACCCCCCCCCCCAUUUUAGGAAGAAAUCAGUAUUAUGAAAAGAAGUAAAUAUACAAAAUAUUAAGAUCACAUUCAAACUUAUUUUUUAAUUAUUCUUCUAUCCAGCAGAGACCCAUACCUUUAGUGUGAAAUUAAGUGAUCUUAAAAUGGCUUAAACUAUGCGUGUAAGCCUUGGAAAAUGUCCUUAUAGCGCUGUAGUCCACACUCUGACGUUUGUAUAUACAGGAGUUUAUAAAAAGUGAAACAGUCUUCAGUUUUUGCAGUAAAAGUGAUGUAUACAUGUUCUGAUUAUGAUACUGGUGAUGACUAUUAAUACAUUCUGUCCUAAUGACUAAUUUGUUUAACAUACAUAUUAAAAACAUACAUAUUAAAAAAGCAUUAUAGUCCUGGAUUCUUCUUUGAGAAUGAAAGGUGGUUGUGCUCUAAUAUAACAAGCUAUUUGAUAAAAUAGCCAAUAACUUAAAAGUUCUGCCCAUAAUAAUUCAAGCAUGGUUUGCAGUACAUAUGUGCUAAUACGUAGUAGAGUCGUUAAGUUUGUGGAAUGUGGUUUUAUUGCAUCAUACUACAAGGUAUUCACAUACACUUACUUACACAGAUCCACAU